AUGCGCGGGAGGGGCGAUAGGGGUGGGCGCGCGGAGUGCGGUGGAGCGAGGAGGGGAGUCGCUUUGGGUCCCGCGGAGGACGUGGCGGCCGAUGUCGAGAUUGUCAAGGCUCGUGCAGAGUCUGCUGGCCUUCAUCUGCAGCCCAGUAAGAGCCGCUUCUACAUGCCUUGCCGCCAUUCGGCUUCCAUCACUGCUAUGAAGUCUGUAUUGCCAGAUGCCGUGCGCGAGACGGCCAACACGGGCAUGACGGUCUUGGGAACGCCGAUUGGCCGUCGCGAGUGGAUGAAGAAGCAGCUGAACGACAAGGCAAAGCACAUUGCUGGCAAGCUCAAUGACAUGCUGACGACCGGUGUCUCGCUUCAGGCCCUCCUCACGGCCAUGCAGUACGUGCCUAGCCUCAUCAACCACCUCUACACGCUGCCCCCAAGUCUCAC